AGGGCUCGAGUUGGAAACCACAAACCCUCGUUGGCCCCACAGGAGCCAGCCUCUGGCUUCCCUCUGCAAUGGCCAUGUGCUGCAGACCCGGAGUGGGUAGUUAGUUGGUUAAUGCCAGUCUUCCUCCCCUGGACACUGAGUUCUGCUGACAGCCCCCGCCCAGCCAGAGCUCUGCUGUAUACCGCCGGGAGUGGGGCUGGCGUGGAGCCUGGAGGUUGCCCGCUGCCCUCCUAGGGCUGCUCCAGACAGCAUUAAGACCCUGCAGGUAGCAGGUGAGACUAACAGCUGGGAGAGCUGCUCCAGGCAUUUAGGACCCUGACUGGGACAGAUGAGUCAGCCCAGUGGGGGCAGGGCUCCUGGAACGAGGAUCUACAGUUGGAGUUGCCCCACUGUCAUGUCACCUGGAGAAAAACUGGACCCAAUUCCUGACAGCUUCAUUCUGCAACCACCAGUCUUCCACCCGGUGGUUCCUUAUGUCACGACAAUUUUUGGAGGCCUGCAUGCAGGCAAGAUGGUCGUGCUGCAAGGAGUGGUCCCUCUAGAUGCACACAGGUUUCAGGUGGACUUCCAGUGUGGCUGCAGCCUGUGUCCCCGGCCAGAUAUCGCCUUCCACUUCAACCCUUGCUUCCAUACCACCAAGCCCCAUGUCAUCUGCAACACCCUGCAUGGUGGACGCUGGCAAAGGGAGGCCCGGUGGCCCCACCUGGCCCUGCGAAGAGGCUCCAGCUUCCUCAUCCUCUUUCUCUUCGUGAAUGAGGAAGUGAAGGUGAGUGUGAAUGGGCAGCACUUUCUCCACUUCCGCUACCGGCUCCCACUGUCUCAUGUGGACACGCUGGGUAUAUUUGGUGACAUCCUGGUAGAGGCUGUUGGAUUCCUGAACAUCAAUCCAUUUGUGGAGGGCAGCAGAGAGUACCCAGCUGGACAUCCUUUCCUGCUGAUGAGCCCCAGGCUGGAGGUGCCCUGCUCACAUGCUCUUCCCCAGGGUCUCUCGCCCGGGCAGGUCAUCAUAGUGCGGGGACUGGUCUUGCAAGAGACGAAACAUUUUACUGUGAGCCUGAGGGACCAGGCUGCCCAUGCUCCUGUGACACUCAGGGCCUCCUUCGCAGACAGAACUCUGGCCUGGAUCUCCCGCUGGGGGCAGAAGAAACUGAUCUCAGCCCCCUUCCUCUUUUACCCCCAGAGAUUCUUUGAGGUGCUGCUCCUGUUCCAGGAGGGAGGGCUGAAGCUGGCGCUCAAUGGGCAGGGGCUGGGGGCCACGAGCAUGAACCAGCAGGCCCUGGAGCAGCUGCGGGAGCUCCGGAUCAGUGGAAGUGUCCAGCUCUACUGUGUCCACUCCUGAGGAUGGUUCCAGGGAAAUCCCGCCAGAAAACAAGAAGGUCAGCCCACUCCCAGGGCCCCACUCUCCUCCCCUCAUUAAACCACCCACCUGACACCAGCACAUCAGGCCUGGUUCACCUCUGGGGUCACGAGACUGAGUCUACAAGAGCUUUGGGCCUGAGGGAAGGCACAAGAGUGCAAAGGUUCCUCGAACUCUGCACCUUCCUCCACCAGGAGCCUGGGAUUUGGUUCCAUCUGCCUUCAGGGCCUGGACUACACUCACAGAGGCAAGUGUUGUAGACUAACAAAGAUACUCCAAAAUACAAUGGCUUAAAGAAUGUGGUCAUUUAUUCUUUAUUAUUUAUUUAUUUGUGGUCAAAUAAAUAAAUAAGGUUAUUUAU